AUGUUUUCCCAGCUACCUCAGCUUCAAUCUCCUCAAACCGACGCCGGCUCAUCUGACCUAGUCUGGGCCGGCUCCGGAAGUGGCCAGUCUUUCAUGACGAUCGGUCCGAACGAUAGAGGCGAUGGUAACGGUAGCGGCGCCGGCUCAUCGGUCCCGUCUGUCUCCAACGCCCGCGCAAGGCCCUGUGACACAUGCCGUGUUAGGAAGACGCGCUGUGUAAAAGAAGAGGGUCAUUCAAGAUGUGUUCUAUGUACCUUUCACAACCAACCCUGUACAUUCUUGCGUGGUCCAACGCCUCGCCAAAGAAGACAGAAUCGAGAAAGAGAUCGAGAAAAGCAAAAUGAGUCUCGUGAUGGAGCGGAUGAAAACAACGCUACAACCUCGCCUCCUUUUGUAGGAGGAGAGACUGGAGUGUCUCCUUCAAGUCGACAUGGUGACGCUUAUACUCCAGCCAGCGCGGAAAGCAAUCCGCAGAUGCAGCAAGUGAUGGGUUUUGAGAAUAACAUUGCUGAAUCAACUCGACCCGGUAUUCUUAGCAAUACUCUUGGUUUAGACUUGAAGACUCAUGCCGAGUAUAUCGGGCCCACCGACUAUCGUGAUCCAGUCCUGCUCGGCUUACACCCUCCGAAUCUUUCGAACCAGGAACCUUCGCAUUUUCCCACAACUUCCACUUUUGCUCGACACCUGGACUAUCAGACUGUUUUCCUCGUCCAUCCCGAUGAGUCUACCGCGUCCGAAAAGAUGCGCAUCGCAGACCUCGAUGCUAUUGAAGCGACAGUUCAUCCACUUGGUCGCACGUUAGUCGACCUCUAUUUCCGAAUAGUUCACCCUAGUUUUCCCAUCUUACACAAAGAUGUCUUUAUAAGCAAGCAUCGUUUAUCACAUCGACAUUUUGCGCCUUCUCUAUUGGCUGCUGUCUAUCUGAUAGCUCUUGACUGGCAGAUUUACGAUAGUUCACUCGCCGGUCGUGAGGUCGAGUCAAUACCAGACCCAACGGCUCUCGAGGCAUUGGCUGAGCGUACUAUUGCCCAGGACAUGCGAAGACCCAAACUCAGCACACUCGAGGCUGGUUUACUCUUGCUACAACGGAACCGGCGUGUUGUUGACUCUAGGUCUCAUACGCAUCCUACGUCUAAUCGGAUAUUCACAGCCCAAAUUGUUGCCAUGGCUCAGGAUUUGGGCAUCCAUAUCGACUGUAGUAACUGGUCGAUCCCGGCAUGGGAAGUCGGCCUUCGAAGACGACUGGCUUGGGCUUUAUAUAUGCAAGAUCGCUGGGGCGCCUGCGUUCACGGACGGCCAUUCCUUAUUCAUGACAGCGAUUGGGACGUUCGGCCAUGUACGGCGCCAGACUACCCCGAGCUUGACCAAUUCGACCUGGAAACCAAUCCCGAGCAUAACUCACCAGUUGUGAUUGGGUGGGAGUUAUUUACACGCCAUAUAGAGUUGAGUCAAAUUUUGAGCGAUGUGAUUAACACAUUCUACGGAGCUAAGGCUACUCGUGCCGGUGGAACCCUGGACCAAAUGGGAGUUGUUGCUGCUGUUGAACUUGCAAAGCCUUUGGUGUUUCGUCUCAGGGAAUGGCAUGCCAAUCUUCCUGUCCGACUUCAAUUGCAGAGUACUCAGCUAAGAGAGCUAUGUGCCAAUGGGGCUCUUCAUCUGGCUCAUGUAGCCAUUGAGAUUGCUCUACAUCGAGCUCUAGUACGGAUUACGACACCAGACACACCUACGUCUUUGUAUGAACUUUUACGAUCAACCGCCCGAGUCAAAUUACAAUCGGCCAUUGAGUUGCUGGGAUCUCUACGUCCCGAGCAUACUGCUGCUUUCUGGGGCAGUGCUGCAGCAUACCAAGCAGCUCAGAUUGGUUCAUUGGCAGGAUUACUAUGGGCGACCACGGACUCGUUCGAUGAGAUGGCAUGGUGUUCUUCUCGAGUUGAGGAACUCAGAUGGGCAUUGAGAGUUCGUGGUGCAGCGACUCCAUUCGCUAGAGAGGCUUUACGGCUUUUGGAGCGUGACAUUGGUGGUCUUGGUAUGGUGAAGUCGACAACAGAAGGUACUACAUAA